AUGGAUUCCAUGAGAGGGCAAGGAGGCAUUCAGUUGCUGCUGACUGCAGAACAAGACGCCCAAAAGAUCAUCUCCAAUGCCAAAAAUUUAAAAACAACAAGGCUGAAGCAAGCUAAAGAAGAAGCUGAGAGAGAAGUGGGAGUUUACCGCUCUCAGUUGGAAGCUGACCACCAAAAUAAAAUUUCUGAGACAAGUGGGAGCUCUGGGUCGAACGUAAAACGGCUCGAAGAAGAGACAGAGCAGAGGAUUCAAAACUUGAGGGAGACGGCCUCAGGAAUUUCAUCAACUGUGGUGGACCUGCUUGUCAAGCAUGUCACGACGGUGAAAAGUUAA